AUUAACUAUAUUAACUAAUAUAUAUCAAAUAUAUAAUAUAUCUAAUAUAUAACACAUUUACUUGGUAAAUAAAAUAUCGACUAGAAAAAAAAUUGUAGGUUCCAAGCCACCACAUGGCUAGAAUCAUCUAUAUGUCUUUGUGUGUUUAUGUGUCUGGUCGGUCUGUCUGUCUAUCCAGAAACGCUUCGCCCAGCAUGGCAGUCAGCAGUCAUCAUGCUUCUAAAUCUUUGUCGGUCUUUGCCGGUCUUUGCCCGAACAUGUUCCGAAGCUGAACACGUGGGUAACGCAGCGGAAGCCACUGACCAAUGGCUGGAGAGCGGAUCUUUUAUAUGUUCAUGGCGUGGGCUUCCUGCGCCAGCAGUUUAUGUUAUCAUUAGGUGGGAGUAGAGGAGGUGUGUGACAAAGAUGGACAGCAAUGUGAUUUUCACUCCAGCAGAGAGAAGGUGCGCCCAGCUCAUCCCUGCGUUGGCUGCCUGGGCCGUAGAGCAUGCCUGGGUUCACCGGAUAGAGGGCAUCUUUGACGAUUAUCAUGUGGAUGUUUCGGGAGAACCAAAGCGUGCUCCGUACUAUCUUCAAGAUCAAUCGCUUCUUCCCCGACAAGUUCCCCCAGUAUCAUGGUUGUAGCCGGAGUUUGGAGACUCAGAUGAGGAAAACUCACCAUGAAUUUAAGGCACUUGCCCAGGUACUGGCCACAAAGAGGCAGGUGCGAGAGGCAUACCUCAAGGAGCAUUUGGAGGAGCAGUAUGGGGAGAGGUAUGCUCAGAAGCUGGAUGAGAGGCUGUUUCACUACCUCCAGGAGCUGGAGGCCAAGCUGCCACCCACCACAAACAUAGCGCGGGUGUUACAACAGGAGUGUCCGCUGGUGGAAGGAGAGGCGCUACUGAAAAACAUGCUAAGUUGCAGUUCUGCUUUUGUGCCGGAAGUGUUGAGGAGGCUGCAGCUGUGUGCUAUAUCUAUUUUCAGUGGCUCCUCUGAGACCAACCAGCAGUGCAGCAUGCCCAGGAUGUACACUGAAGUGGACCAAAGCCCUAAUCCACCCAUUGCCUAUGUUGGACAAUCCCUGCCUCAUAUCCCUACAUCACAGCAGACCAACAAUGGCACAGGCUUCAGAAUGACACAGGGAGGGGGUGGGGCUGGGUGUUGCCCCCCAUCUCCCCUGCAAGAACAGUAUUCUCAGCCGGGGCAGAGAAUGAACCAUUUUAUUGUGGCAGCAUGGGAAGAGCGCCCUCUACAGCUAUGUUCAAAGCACUGCAGAUGGGUGAGGAGUAUCUUACAGGAAUGCUCGGAGGAGGACAGGAGUCAUGGAGGAGGCAUCGUGAAAGACGGCAGUAGUCAAGGAGGCAUCAUACAGGAGAGCUCAGAAGAAGGCAGGAGUCAUGGUGGGGAUGUUGUGGAGGAGAGCUCAGAGGAAGGGCGGAGUUAUGGUGGGGGCAUCCUGGAGGAGGGCAGGAGUCAAGGAGGCAUCAUAGAGGAGAGCUCAGAGGAGGUUAGGAGUCCUGGUGGAGGCAUCACAGAGGAGAGCAGGAGUCAUGCUGGGGGCGUCGAGGAGGAGAAAAGGAGUCAUGUUGGGGGCGUGUUGGAGGAGGGCAGGAGUCAUGCUGGGGGUGUCACAGAGGAGAGCUCAGAGGAGGGCGGGGGUCAUGGGGACGUCACAGAGGAGAGCUCAGAGGAAGGGUGGAGUUAUGGUGGGGGUGUCGUGGAGAAGAGCUCAGGGCAGGGCAGGAGUCAUGCUGGGGGUGUCGUGGAGGAGAGCUCAGGGGAGGGCGGGGGUCAUGGUGGGGACGUCACAGAGGAGAACUCAGAGGAAGGGUGGAGUCAUGCUGGGGGUGUCGUGGAGGAGAGCUCUGAGGGCGGCAGGAGUCAUGGUGGGGGUGUCGCGGAGGAGAGCUCAGAGGGGGGCAGGAGUCAUGGUGGGGGUGUCGUGGAGGAGAGCUCAGGGCAGGGCAGGAGUCAUGGUGGGGGUGUCGUGGAGGAGAGCUCAGGGCAGGGCAGGAGUCAUGCUGGGGGUGUCGUGGAGGAGAGCUCAGGGGAGGGCGGGGGUCAUGGUGGGGACGUCACAGAGGAGAACUCAGAGGAAGGGUGGAGUCAUGCUGGGGGUGUCGUGGAGGAGAGCUCUGAGGGCGGCAGGAGUCAUGGUGGGGGUGUCGCGGAGGAGAGCUCAGAGGGGGGCAGGAGUCAUGGUGGGGGUGUCGUGGAGGAGAGCUCAGGGCAGGGCAGGAGUCAUGGUGGGGGUGUCGUGGAGGAGAGCUCAGGGCAGGGCAGGAGUCAUGAUGGGGGUGUCGUGGAGGAGAGCUCAGGGCAGGGCAGGAGUCAUGAUGGGGGUGUCGUGGAGGAGAGCUCAGGGCAGGGCAGGAGUCAUGAUGGGGGUGUCGUGGAGGAGAGCUCAGGGCAGGGCAGGAGUCAUGAUGGGGGUGUCGUGGAGGAGAGCUCAGGGGAGGGCGGGGGUCAUGGUGGGGACGUCACAGAGGAGAGCUCAGAGGAAGGCGGCAGGUGUUCGGUACAUGGAGAGUCUCCUGAUUUUCUCACCCUGCCCACAUUACAGCACCUCCCAGCUGGGCUUUCUAAAAGAAUUAGGCUCUCAGUAGAGAGUCAGUUCAUUCUGAUCCAGUCCAGGUAUCUGCAGCCCUUGGUCCGGCUGAGGAGGCUGACUGCAGAGGAGUGUAGGAUGACCACUGAUCAAAGCCAGUCUAAAGAGGAGGCGUCACUGCUGUCCUGUGAGAACACUCCUCCAUUCAUUUGGGAGGAUUUAUUUUUCACUGGUUCCUCCUCAUCAGACUCUGAAGGUGAUUCUGACUACAUCCUGUAG